AUGCUGAAUAGAUUUAUAAAAAAAUGUUUUCUGCCUUGUCGAUCUAUAUCAACAAUUGAAUUAACUCGUAAUGCAAUUGCUAAUAAACCACUUGAAUGGAAUGAUUUAAUACAAUGGCUUGAAAAUGGACAAAAAACUUUACUUUGGCGAGAUGAACAAUGUGCACAACGAUAUAUUCAACAUCAAAAAUUAGUUGCGAAAGACUAUAGAUCAAUAAAUGAUUUUAUACGUAUACAUUAUCUUAAAUGGAAUGUAGAUAUUGAUAAAUCUAGUCAAAAAUCAAUAGCUGUUCCGAGUUUAAAUUCAAUUAAGGAACCACUUUUAACACCAAAUGAUUUUCCAUAUUAUUUAAUUCGUAAUAUUCAACAUUGGGUUAUCUGGUGUGAUCCAAAACCGAAAAAACCUGAAGAAAUUAUUGAACAAGUUCUUAAUAAAGAAUUUCCUUAUGAAAAAUUCGAUCGAAUUUCUUUUGUUAACCCACCACGCUUAAGAUCGAUGAAGAGAACACAAAAUGAUACUACAAUGUCAAAACGUUUAAGAACUACAAAUUCAUCUCUAAAUACUAAUGAUCAGUUUGAAAAGUUUAUUAAUAAAUUUCGAUCAUCAAUCGAGACAAAUAAUACAGAUUCUCGACCAUUUGAUAUUUUUAAACAAUAUCUAAAAGAAUGUUUGGAUGAUACAUCUGAUUCUACUAUUCUUCCAACAUUUAUUAAAAAAACUAUUCAACUUAUUGUUACGUCUACAACAACAACUGUUCAUCAUCUUGUAUUUACAAAGAUUGUUGGUCUUAUUAUAAUCUAUCUUGAUAAUAUAGCAUCAGAAGCUUUACUUGAUAUAACUUAUGAAAUUAUUGAUAAAUUAAUUCAAUCAUCAACAAAUGCUGAUAUUAUGAUUGAAUUAUUACGAAGUAUUUAUUUACAACAAGUUAAACGUGAUGAAAAUCAAUCAGCUUCAUCAUCAGCAGCAUCAAUGUGUCAAUCUGUUGUUCAACAAUUAGGAAAUACAACUUGGACUGAAGAUAAUUAUGCUAGUCUUAUAGCAAUAAUCAAAACAUUUCCAUUUUCUGAUAAUGAAAAACGUACAUUUAUUGAUAUAAUGUUUACAAUUGAUUUUGAAUUAAAUUUCGAUCAAUUACCAAUAUUUGUUUUAAAUAUACUUAAAUUAUGUAAUGAUAAUCAUUCAGAAAAUGAAAUAUCAAGUUCAAGUGGAUAUAUUUUCGAUCGUUUAAUUCAAUAUUUUAUUAAUCUUGAUAAAAAAUCUAAUGAUAAUAAACAAUAUACAUCAAAUAUACGUCUUUGUAUUGUUCAUAUAUUAAAUGCUAUUGAAUUAUCACCUGAACUUGGAACGAUAUUAUUACGAACAUUUAAAAAAAUUCAAAGUAAUGAUGUAUCGAAAUUAUUUUCUCCAUUUUGUCUGGCAUUUAUAUUCGCUUUACCCAAAGAUCGUGCAAUAAAAGGAAAAUUUAUAAAACAACUCAAAACCGCAUUUGAUCUUGUUUGUCAAACAUUUGAAAAAAAUAAUGAAGCAUUUUGGCUUAUCCUGUUUACAAAAAUAAAUUAUAAUGAUUUUUAUCGAGAUUAUUUAUUGCAACUUGCUAAAAAGGAUUUAUUUGGUGGUGAUUUAAUUCUUUCGGGUUUAAUUGAUUUUUGUUUUCAAUUACUUGAUGAUUAUAGUCAAUCACAAGUGUUAAAUAAUGAAUCAUCAUUUUCGGUUAUUGAAUUAUUAAAAACAUUGGCCUCAAAAUGGCUUUCUGAUAUUGUUCGAUUACAUAAAUCUAUUCAAGAAGAUGUUAUACAUCGUUUAUUUGAUCGAAUACUUGAAGCAAAAACGAAUGAUCGUACUGUCAAACAUUUUAUUGAACAAUUAUAUGAUGUAAUGAAAACAAAUAGUCAUCGAUUUGUAAAAUGGCCUGAACACUUAAAAGAUCGACUUGAUCAAAUUUUAUAUAUGCGUUAUGAAUUAGCACAUGAUGUACUUGAUGCAUUUAAACCAAUUAUUAAAUUAAGUGGUAAUACACCAUUUCGUGAAACAUAUUUUCAAUUACUGCGAACAGCUAUGUAUCGUCCUCGUUUGGAUUGUCGACGAAUGGCUGUUGAUGGAUAUUUAAUUUUAUUAAAACAUGCCAAAUGGUUAAUUCGACCACCAGCUGCUCAAGCUAGUCAAAUGACAAUGUUUUCUUUAGCUGAACGUGGUGCAACACAAAUGAAUACGAUUAAUUCUACACAACGUUCAACAGAAGGACAAUGUAUUGAAUUAUUAAUGCAAUUAAGACGAAGUCUUACUCAACAAUAUGAUGUUCGAUUAGCUGUCUAUGAAGGUUUAUUACCUGUUCUACGUAAAAGUCCAAUAUUAAUGGCACCUAUUCUUGAUAUGCUCAUUUCUCAGAUUGCGUUAUACUACGAACCCAUUGAAGAUAGAUGUACAUUAAAUUUAUUAUCUUGUUUACUUGAACGUGAUGAUAAAAUCCAAAUUAUUGAACCAUUUGCACAUUUACUUCAUUGUUUAUGUCUUUGUUUACAUCGUGCUGAUUGUCUUUUAAAAUCGAAUUCAAAAAUCUUUGAUGAAGAUCCGGAUGUUGCAAUUUAUUUAAAAAAAGCGACAGAUAUUUUCAAACGAUUAAUUAUUUUAUUUGAUGAUGAUGAAUUUACUGAUUCAGUUGGUGUUAAAGGUUUACCUGAAGAUAAAACAAGUCCACAAAUGUAUACACUUUGUAUUGAUAUAUGUAAUGUUCUUAUUGAAUAUAAAUUUAUGCGAAUGAAAGAUUUAGAAUCAACUGCAAGUAUUUUAAAAUCAAUGGAUCAAGAAACACGUCUUAAUGAAAAAAUGUCAAAAGCAAAAUUACGUUUACCACUAACACCAAAACUUAUUUCAUUUACAUGUUUAAAACGAUUUUUACAUUCAGUUUUAUGGUCAAAAAUGUUUCAUGCUGAUUUAGAUUCAUCAAAUAAUAAUCUUGAUAUUGAUACACUUAUUGAUGAUAAUAAUUAUCGUUCAUAUGUUAUGCGUUGUUGUUUAGCAAAAUUUCGUUCUAUUACAUCGAAUGGUAUUAAAUAUUAUUUUGAUGCAGAAAAUAUGCGACAAGAUAAAUUACAAAUGAUGUUAAUUGAUCUUCAUACAAUUUUAUAUCAAGCUGUAACAAAAGAUAUGAAUAUAAUAUUAACAGAACAAAUUUUACAAUUAAUUGUUGAAUUAUGGAAAAUUAUUGUUAAUAAUUUUCGUGGUGUAGCUGCUUUAAUGAUUGAUAGUGCAAUGAAAGCAUUGAAUGGAGAUCCAGAUACAAUUGAUUCGAAUAUAAGUUAUAGUCAAACUGAUCCACAAACAGCUCGUUUUGCUGAAAGUUUUAAAGCAAUUUAUAAACGAAUCGAAGAUGAAUAUAAUCGAAUUAUCGAAACAGCUGGUAUUGAUGGAUCGACAAUAAAAGCAUCAGGCUGUUUAAAAGCAUUGAUUUAUGUAGCUGAUAUUCUUGAAUUAGCAUUAAAAGAUGGUGAACAUAUUGAUCGAAAUGAAUAUCAAUCAUUUGCUGAAUGGGUUAGUUCAACAUGUAUGCAAGGAAAAUAUGAGGAUCAUCAAUUAAGUAAAGCAUUGGUUCGUCUACUUUUUAAACUUUCAUCAAAAACAAGUAAUCAUGCACCAUUACUUCGUAAAGUUGCGAUGGAUAUUCAUGGUCAAUGUGAAGAUGUUUCUGAAGAUACAAAAUUUGUUCAUCAACCAUAUUUUGCUAUUAUCAAUGAAAAAACACAUAUGGUUAUAUUAAAUAAUAUUGUUCUUAUUGAAUUAGAACGAAUGAUCAAUAGUCUUGAAUGGAUUAUUCAAACACAAAACUUAUCAAAUGAUCAAAUAACACAUUUUUGUGGACAGUUAUCAUAUUCUAUGACAACAUUUGGACAAAUUUUACAAUGUAGGUUAAAAAAUAAAAUGAUGAUUAUUCAUAUAGUUAAAUUAUUAACAAAAUUAUAUACAAUUCUCGAUGAAUUUACUCGUCAGAUGGUUAAAAAUAAAACACCCAUUCGUGAUGAAUUUGAAAAACUUGCAUCAAUAUCUGGUUCACAAUUACAACAACCAUGUUAUGGAUUUUUAACUUAUACAAUGAGUUUGGAAUUAGAUGAUGAAGAAGAAACAACUAAGAAGAAAAAGAAAAAAAUUGAUAAAAAAGAUCCUAAAAAAAAAAAAAGUGUAUUAAAAGAUACACUUGUACCGAAAUUAGUCUUUGAAAUGGAACAAUAUGAACGAUCAUUACUUGAAUUAGGCAAACAACAAGAUAAACGUUUAUUAGAAACAUUUAAAAUGUCUGCUGUACGAGAUUUUCGAUUUAAUUUGGAUAGUAUACCAGAUGAUCAACGAACAUUACAAACAAGUCGUCAAGAAAAUGAAGCCGACGAAGAAGAGGAAGAAGAAGAUGGUGAAAAUGAAUAA